UCUUCUAUCAUUGGGGUUCUUUGAGGCCAAACGCAGACAAAAGCUCUACUCACCACUACAGCUACAACCUCCCUCCUUCCACCUGAGCUCCUGCGUGUUGGCAUAACCGUAAGAUUCAAAUCAGGUUGAAGGAAUGUUUCUCACCAGAAAUCAAGCUCCGCGAGAUCCAAACGCAUUUCCCGCAACCCAAUUGUUCCUCCUUGCACUCGUUCGAGUUGCAGAGCCAAUUGCACUCACAUCCAUCUUUCCAUACGCUUGGAAGCUCGUCCAACAUUACCAUGUCUCUUCGGACGCCAAUGCGCCCUUCUUUGCGGGCAUCCUCAUUUCUGCCUUUUCUUUUGCCGAAGCCAUCACUGGCAUGUAUUGGGGUGCCCUCUCCGACCGUGUAGGCCGCAAGCCGGUCCUUAUCAUGGGAUGUCUGGGUACAAUCGCCUCCUUGUUAGUCUUUGGCUUUGCGUCCAACUUCUGGGUUGCUCUCGCGGGGAGAAUCCUCGGUGGACUGCUGAAUGGUAAUAUAGGUGUCGUUCAGACCAUGGUUGGAGAGUUGGUCAAGCGUCCAGAGCAUGAACCAAAGGCAUACGCCGUCAUGCCGUUUGUAUGGUCGAUUGGUACCAUCAUUGGCCCCUCCAUCGGCGGAUGUUUCGCUGAGCCGGUCAAGAACUUCCCGAGCUUCUUCUCUUCCACGGGCAUUUUUGCCAAGUUCCCGUACCUUCUCCCCAACUUGAUCUGCGCGCUGCUCCUGGUGCUCGCCAUCAUUGCUGCGUACGUCCUGUUGGAUGAAACCCAUCCCGACAUGCAACCUUCCGGGUCACAAGACGAAGAUGACUACGUGUCGACUAUUGAGACCCCUCUGCUUCCCGCACAGGGUGCUACUGCAAACGCUGCGGCUAACCUCACGACCGAGAGUUAUGGAACUUUCGAUCGCGUUGACAUUGAUCGGGAUGAGCUCUGGCGCGUCACCUCCAAUGGCCAAUGGAUUGAAUCUCCCGCGUCUGAGGAGAAGGUCAUUACGAAGACCGUUAUCAUGUUUGUUGCGGCUCUGGGAAUUUUUACUUAUCAUUCCAUGACAUAUGACCAUCUCCUCCCAAUCUUCCUCCAGGACAAGCGUGCCGAUGAUCUAGCCGCACAGAGCCUAUCUCCUCGAUCCCUUGGAGGUGGCCUCGGACUCUCGAUCCAGAACGUUGGUAUCAUCAUGUCAUUUAACGGCAUAAUCCAGCUUUUCGUCCAAGGAGUCAUCUUCCCCUGCCUGGCAUCCUGGUUCGGCGUAUGGAAGCUCCUCGUCGUCUGCACGAUCGGCCACCCCAUCGCCUACUUCAUCGUCCCCUAUUUGCAACUUCUUCCCGAGAACCUUCUCUAUCCCGGAAUCUACACCUGUCUCAGCAUCCGAAGCCUCUUCUCGAUCCUCGCCUACCCUCUGCUCUUGAUCAUGAUCAAAGAGUCCGCACCAUCUCCUAGCUGUCUCGGACAGAUCAACGGCCUCGCUGCAAGUACCGGAGCCGCUGCCCGCACGGUAGCCAGUCCCGUUGCCGGUCUUCUCUACGGCCUCUCCAUCGAGAUCCACUUCACGCCUCUCGCAUGGUGGGCAUCCGCUCUGGUCGCUAUAAUAGGCGUGAUGCAGAUUCCGUUCCUCAGCCGCGAGGCCAAGAACACCCACGCUAAGGUCACCGGUGCAGCACGUUGCUGCUUCAGCAAGAAGCCUGCUCCUAAGCACGAGGUCGUGCACAUUACCGUCGAGGACCCCGAGGCAUCAGAACACGAUGGAGAAACCGUCUAGAUCGACCCGACCGACAUAUGUACUCGAGAUUAUGCUAAGAGCAUACCAUGCGUUUUAAAACGCAAAGACAUACAUCGUUACACGAAUCAGAAUGUCCCCAAAAUCAUUACUUAAACGGCGUUUCUGGUGAUCUUUUUCUUCUGGACACAAGCGGGACCGUUUUAUAUCCCAUGGCAUAACGGCGUUCUUAGCACAUCACAUUACUUCACGAAAGAGCUGCUGUUGGUUCGAAGCGAGCAUUGUUAUGUCAUGGUUUGGAGUUCCUUCGUUCUUAUUUUCUUAUAUCAUACUUAACGGCGUUAACGGGUAACUAUACAAGACCACUACCUUGUCAUAAAAAUUCGAUGGUUCUGGACAUACAUACGUAGAUUAUGACUUAUACUUCAUCUUAUAGACAAUAUAAAUAUACAUAAAG